AUGAAGAAGAUCUGCCGCAAGAACGGCCUCUCGCGCUGGCCGCACCGGCGCAUCCGGAGCCUCGUGAACCGCAUCACGUCCCUGCAGGCCGUCGGCGACACGCUGGUCGAGAAGGUCGAGAAGGCGCGGUUCGUCGCGCACAUUGCAAGUCUCCGGCGCGAGCUCUCGGACGUGAUCCACAACCCGAACGGGAAGAGCCGCAAGGCGCAAGAGUACGAGCGACGCAAAGAUAGCAACCCCGGCGACUCGAUGAGCGACGACACGACGCUCAGCGACGACGGCAGCAAACACGGCGAGAUGGACUUGAGCUGCUUUGAAGUGCUGCGCGAGGAAAAGGCGCGCGGGUCCAUCUCGUCGCUUCUGUGCGACUAG